AUGAUUUUACAAGACUAUCCGGGUAAUCCUCGCUUCGCGAAAGAUUGUUCCUUUUUCUUCUUGCUUUCACGAGAUUCAAAUAAUAAUUUGAGUGAAAUCGCAUAUAACCCGUUCUUUAUUCCCAAUCCGAAAUUUCUAUCGUUUAUAAAUUUUUCUCUCUUCUUUUCUUUUCAUUCCUUUCUUACAUUUAUAUGUUUUCUUUUCUUUCAUUUUGAAUUUUUUUUUCUUCCUUCCACUCAUUUUUUUUCCUUGGGGUUAUUCUUCAUUCGGUAUGUGUUUUUUUUUUUCACUGUCAUUCAUUUUCUUUCUUCCUUUCCGUCGCAGAUUAACCAUCCAUUUUUGCUAUUCCUUUCUAGUCACUUUCUUCUCUUUAUUUUUGUCGUUAAUAUUCUUCUUUCUUUUCUUCUUUAUUUUCAAUUGUUUUUUUUUUCCGAACAUUUCUUUCUUUCUUUCUUUCUUUUUCAUAUUAUAUUUAAAUUGUUUGUUUUUCUUUCUUUUCCCUCUUUUCAAUUGCGUUUUCCCAACUUUCCUUUCUUUUUUCUUCUUUUCUUUCUUUUUCAUAUAAUUUUUUAA